AUGGACCGAUACUCCAGCCUACUUGCGUUUGUAACUCAAGAGUUUCCUGACAUAAACAAAGACGAGCUAUUAGCAGAUAAUGAGUUUGAUGAAAGAACGCAAAAGUUCGAGUGCUUCUUGAACAAUACACUCAUAUGCAAAAAGAAUGAAGUAACAUCCAGUCGCGUACUAUCGAGCAUAUGUAACAAAGCCGAUAUAACACAUCAAAACUACUAUGAAUUUGUUGAUAAUUUGGUGUCCGAGGUACGGUCUCUUGAUAGACUGGCUAUAUGCGGAUUGUUUGAUGUUUCUCUUUCUGGAAGUUUCACAUCCAAUCCCUUUUCAAACUUUCAAGUUCAUGUGUUGAAAGAUGAAAAUUGGGCAAGAUUAUGUGAAAAGCUUGGCCGAUUACGCUUUGCUUAUCUUCUUAUUUGUAGUUCUUGUUUUGUGUACCAUGCAAAGACAAAUACGUACAUAAAUCUCUACGGAACUCAAACGCAUUUGAGAAAGAAAGCAAAGGAAUUCAUUUUCAAAACAAAGAUGUUCUAUAGGUGGAGAUGGAACCACGACUCAGUGUGCUUACUACAAGGAACCCCACAACAGAUUGGAAGUACAAUUUUUGAUAUUGAUUUCGAAAGAAAGAAUAACCCCAAGAAAUUCAAGCGGUUCUUGGAUCUUCUACUAGUUGCUAAGAGGAAUGAGGAGAAGAUUGAUUACCUGUAUAUUUUUGCUAAUAUUGUGAAAAAAAGGGUAUCCCAUGAAUCAGUUUUUGACAAUUCCUCGUCGUUCAAGGAUGUCUUGCGCUUUACGUUUUCCGUCACCGACCUCAUUUUUCCUAAAGCCAUGUUUGGUUGCAAAUAUAACAUGAAUGUAAUAAGGGAAAGAGUCCGUAAAACCUUACGAGCACAAAGACUAGAGGCAAUUGAGCAGAGAUCCCUAAUGUUGCAUCUAAAAUUGAAUACUAUAACGUGGUUGGGGAAGAAGAGAACUAUAGAUUCUAUCCAAGAUAAAAAAAGCAGGGAGGAAAUGUUAUCUAAGUUCCUAAAAUGGUACUUCAAUUCAUUCCUUGUACUAUUAAUCAAGAGCUUCUGGUAUGUGACUGAUGUUAUUAGUGACUCGACUCAAAGUGGGUUAGCGUGUGCCUUGUUUCCACACAGAACAUGGAACAGACUUAGUGGCGAGUGGUUGAAUAGCUACAUUUCCAGAUAUCUACACGAAGUGAGUGGUCAAGACCACUCUAAAUAUAACCAUGGUAUCUUGAGGUUGAUUCCAAAAAAGAACGAUUUUCGCCCUCUUUGUACGCCAUGGCAAUCAAGAACUAGUCUGGAAAAUGAACGCCAAGCAUAUGAUCGCGAUAUUAUACGGCCAGUAAGAGAUAUAUUGAGAGAGCAACAAAAGAAGAUUGAUGCGAAUAAGGCCUUCCGUUGUUUUUCUGUUAGAGAUAUAUGCCGUCAUAUAUCAGAAUUUAAGCGUACGCUUUCAGAGUUACAUGAUGGGCAUAUUCCACCGUUGUUUGGAAUAAAAUUUGACAUGAAACACUGUUAUGACAAUUUGAAUCAAGCGAAGAUCAUUGAGUGUAUUGAGAACCUCUUCAGUGCUGAAGAAGAACAAGAAAUUUACUACGUUCGAACCUACUCGUGUAAUUCAGAAGCUUCAACUUACGGAAAAUCAUUUCGAACCAUUUCUAAAAGGAGGGGAAUUUCCAAUUUCAACCUCUUUGAAAAUGCCCCAAAUUCUUUUGGAGGUCGGAAUCUUUUCAAAGACCAAUGCAGAACGACAUGCUUCACUAAGAGUGAGAUUUUAGAUAUUGUUAAAGACCAAGUUCUCAAUUCUACGAUUGAGAUACCUCAACGAAGAAAUAAAAUUUUCACGAGGAAGGAAGGAGUGUUUCAAGGACUCCCUUUACUGGCUACCUUUUGUGAAAUAGUUUACAAUCACUUAGUGGAUCAUGUUUUUUUUCCUUCUCCGACGCAAGAAUCUGUUCUAUUGCGUUUAGCUGACGACUUCUUGUUUUUGUCUACCAAAAUCGCGGAAUGUGAACAUGUUUUAUCAUUAGCUACCUCGAAAGCUUCAUCAGAAUACGGCGCGUAUGUUAAUCAAGAGAAAUGUUGCGCAAUCGGUGGAGAUGCCCACAUAGUUAAUUUCGUGGGAUUAGAAAUCGACAUUAAAUCGUUAAGCUACAGAAGGAAAACAUUAGUUGCCCUUAAACUUCCUACGAACACUUCAAGAUCACUAAAGGCAAUACUCGCGUAUCUUGAAUGGAGCUUCAACGCAAGACUAAGUGACCAUUUGUUAGACACCUACAUGGUCCCAAAACAUGCCAUUAUAGACAACGUGAGAGAUGUUUUGGAACCUGUCUUAACAGGAGCGCAAAAAUAUUUGCCACGUAACAUUAAAGAAUUGAAAGACGAGAUCCGAAGGUUUGAAGUUUUCAUUACCUCAAUUGUGCGAAGAAUCAUUUUUAAAGUGCGGGAGCAAAAUGACGAUCAUGAACUUGUUACGUUAGUGUGCAGCAUGUGUGCUCAAGUCAUAGGUGAAAAAUUGACUGCUAUAAACACAACUUCUAUACUCGAAGACUUAAUGUCAAGCUUAAAUGAUACCAAAUGA